AGUUGGUCGUAAAAUAAUUGCUUAACGACAAUCAGUUGUUUACAAAUGUUAUAAACUUUAAAAAUUAAGUGAUAAACUAAUCGGUCAAGACGUUUCCUCGACUACGCAGUUGUCGUAGCUCUCUUCUGACACGUUGUCUUCAUCAGCGAAAGAAAUUCAAAAUGCUAAGCAGUUUAAUAUGUGCGAGAAAUGGCGUUGGACAAGAUUCUGAGUUGUCGACGCUUACAAUUCAACAGCAACACCAACAGCUUAAACUACGUGAAAAGCAACGCAUCAGUAAUGUGGCAGCAACUCACAAUAUGCUUAUUGAAGAUGAAGUUCACGGAGUCAUCGAACUGCCCAGUUUCAUUGAAGAGUUAGUGAAUCAUAAGCUGUUCCAGCGCCUAAAGUCCAUAAAGCAGUUGGGUUUGCUCAGCUUAGCCGAAAGACCGAAUGGUGACCAUACGCGAUAUGAGCAUUGCAUUGGCACUUACAAGAGCGCUCAAGUUCAACUUAAUGCUUUGAGACGCAAUUCUAAUUACGAACUGGAUUUACCAGUGUGGUGUCGUCAUGCGGUUGAGAUUGCAGCGCUCCUCCACGAUAUAGGACAUGGUCCAUUUUCUCAUAACUGGGAAUCAGUUUGCGGCGGCAGUUUCGAUCAUGAACACAAUGGAUUAAUGUGUGUAGAUAUAAUGUUUAAGGAAGUAAAAAGCAAGGAACUGCUUGCCUUGCGUAACGAUAAUAAUGGACGCGGACUGCAGUUGAUUAAGGCGUUAAUAGUGGGCGAAAGUGAGAGGCUUAGUUUUCCAAUGAUGGGUCAUGGCUAUAUAUUUGACAUUGUGCACAACAGUCGCUGUGGUCUCGACGUAGACAAAUGGGAUUAUCUGCGACGUGACAAUCUCCGACUACAAAUUCUUACCGAGGAGCAAAUGCAGUUCGAUGAGAUAUUCCAGAAUGCUCGCAUUUCAUCAGAUGGUCAACGCAUUGAGUAUCGCUAUGAGGACUAUCAUCUUAUAUAUAAGCUGUUUGAGGCUCGCUGGGGUCUACAUGUGGCUGCCUAUAGGUUGCCCAAGAGUCUUGCUUUUGACGUCCUCCUGAAGAAGAUUGUUCACCGAAAUCAGAAGAAGCUGUUGGAGAUCAGGGGUGGCAGCAGUGGAUGGGAUAGUUUCCAUGAUAACGAAGUCUUGCAGCAGAUAGCCAGUGAUCCUCAAGCUAUUUAUCUAAGUGCACCAGAGCGUUGGCAUAAAACGCAAAGCUGCGACCAUGAUGAUGAUGAUGAUUGUAUAUGCGUAAAAAGUGAAAAACCUGGACCUGGUGUUGACAUGAAACCCGAUGAGUUCUAUGCACUAUACGGCGACAAAACCAAGAAGCGCAGCAUCAUUCGGCAAAUGACAUCCACUCCUAUUAGAGCUUGUUACAAAUUGCAGUAGCUAUUUGUCGUUGAAGCUGAUUUAUACCAUGUCAAGUUUAUAAUUUGUAUAACUUUUUAACUGCCAUUAGAAACCACUGCCAGAUGAUUCUCUACCUUGUAUAAGCAUUGAUAUUGUAACCACCAUUAAUUUUGUUUUAAUCGCUGUUAAGCAAAAUAUGUUUUUGAAUUUGUUA